CCUUUAAAGUGUGGACUUUUUAAACCAGUUUUUUCUUUAUAAAUAAGAAUUUACCAAAUUCUUUUUCUUCCCUAUUGAAGUUCGCUUGUAACUCCGCUCCACGACUCUAGAAAACCUUUUUACGCUGGAGGAAACGGCUGUUCCAUUUCGUAGACUGAUUUUAUCUUUUUAUGGGAUUUCCUUGACUCUUCUUUAGUUUAGACAGCCUCUUUUUCAUCUAACGUUCGUCCUCUCCCCUCUGUUCAACUGUGUCAUUGAGCGAAUUGCUAUAUCUAUUUCAACCUGCUAUGAGUAUGCCUGUUACAAUCAACAUUCGGUACAAAUACAUUUUACUCGUAACAUUGGCAACCGUCUCUGUAUUGUUGUUCUUUUAUGGCCUCACACGAACAGAUAUGCAGACGCUAAAAAAUCCAGCAAGUCUUAGUGUGCCCAAAGUUCACGACCUUGAUCAAAAUAGAAAAUCACUUUUCAAAAAAGCACCUGUCAAAAACAGUCUAAAAUGUGAAUCGACCAUUUCUUUCCAAAAAAACGUUCUCUUCACUUAUUACAAGCAUUCCUUCGAGGGUGUCAAAAAGGUAGCGCUCAUUGGAUUUCCCGAUCACCCAAACAAAGGCGACAGUGCUAUUUAUAUUGCCGAACGUAAGCUUUUAGAGGUCCUUGACAUUCAAGUUGUCUAUAUUUGCUCAAGCCAAUCCGAUUACAGUGCUUCUUCCCUCAAAGCCAUUGUCCAAGAAUCUUCUCCAGAAGAGUUUGCUUUUGCUUUUCAUGGUGGAGGCAAUUUUGGAGACUUAUAUCCCGAUCACCAGCAACUUCGUGAAAACGUGAUUCACGAUUUCCCUAACGGCCGCUUUGUCUCUUUUCCCCAGUCGAUUUGGUAUAACGAUGAAACAGCCUUACAACAGACUGCAAAUCUCUAUGCCGAGCAUUCUCAAAUUCAACUUGCCUUCCGUGAUCGUCAAAGCUAUCUCACCGGCGUGAAUGGUUUUGGUGAAAACAACGAAAUCCUUCUCACUCCCGAUAUUGUCUUUUUCAUGGGCACGCUUUCGGAUAUUCGAGAAACAACCCCCAUCAAAUCUGAUGUCUUAAUCCUAGCUCGUCUCGAUCAUGAGGGCGGUCAGCAACACUCCUCCGAGUCCUUGUAUCACGAGGGUUUGACUUCCGGCAACGUCACUUACUCUGUCGAGGACUGGCUUAGUUGGGAUCCAGAAGAAGCAACGAAUUCAGAUGCUACCUUUGAUACAAAAGGGGAAUCACGCUUCCUGUCUGGUGCACACUUCCUGGCCUCUCACAAAGCCGUUAUCACUGAUCGUCUCCACGCACACAUCCUUUCCACAUUGAUGGGUAUUCCUCACAUUGUCGUCGAAGAUUCAAAUAUGAAAAAAAUCACAAACUACCACAAUACUUGGCUUCGUGGUUGUACUUCCGAUGGUGUAAGCGUCAUCGUCGAUUCUCCUGAAAAAGCCAUCAAGAUUUUAAUGGAUUGGAAAAAACAACAGUACAUCUAAAACAAGAGAAUUUUCAUUUACUUUCCACAUUUGAACUUUUCUUUCUUUCUUUCUUUCUUUUUUUUUUUUUUUUUGUUCUGCAAAGUUCUUUCCCGGCGUUUCUUUUUGAAAUUCCUCAGGUCCUGCCAAUUCGAAAAAUUCGUCCCCUGAUAUGUCAUCUACUCCAUAUUCUCUACAUAUGCUUUUCUUUCUUUCUCUCUUUUUUGGAAAAAUACAGUUUCUUCCAAUUAAUGAAACCUUCCCAUGCUGAACCCCCUUCUUCCUAUGUAUUUUUUUUUCACACAUGCGCCUGAAGCAAUUGCUCGUGACGCUUCCGUCAAUAUUUAUUUCAUUGCUUCAUUGCAAUCCCAGAUGCAUCUUAGUCAAUGAUUGAAUUGUUCCACUCAUUGUUUUAUAGCGCUCAUUUUCGCUAUCGUCAAUGUUGAAUAUAAUAAAAAUAAGAAAACAAAACAAAAAAAAAAAGUCCUUCACGUAACAGUGGAUCUAUGUGCCGUGACGAAAACACCAAACAUAUAGUUUUAGGCUACGAAUCUAAACAAAUUUAUUAAUACAUUUUCUCUUCUUUACUUUAGUUACCAGCGUACGCGUAGACUUGCUUUUAAUGAUAAUAAUGAUACCUUUUUCCAACAGUCCCUUAGUCUCAACAUUACAAA